GUCGGGCGGGAGCACUUCCGGGGCGGCGGGGGCGAUGGGGCGGCACUAGGCGACGGCGGGGGCUCGCCAUGAGGUACAACGAGCGGGAGCUGCUCUCCCUGGCCCGGCAGCCCGCCGAGAAGGCGGCCGAGAUCUUGAUGCGGGUGCCCAAGAAGGGGAGCGUGUUAAAGAAACGCCUGGUGAAGCUUGUUGUCAACUUUCUCUUCUACUUCCGGACAGACGAAGCAGAGCCCAUUGGAGCUCUGCUGCUGGAGCACUGCAGGAUCACCAAAGAGGAGGACAACGUCUUCUCCAUCAGUUUCAUUGAGGAGCCGGAGAGGAAAUACUGCUUUGAAUGUGACAGCGAGGAGCAGUGUCAGGAGUGGAUCGAGGCACUCAAGCGAGCCAGCCUGCUGCACGGUCUGUUCCUGUCUUACAGCUACGAGUUCAUGAGGAGGAGCUUGAUUUUCUACCGGAAUGAGAUCCAGAAAAUGACAGGGAAGGACCCCCUGGAGCAGUACGGGAUCUCUGAGGAAGCGCGCUUCCAGCUGGGAACACGCAAGCAGUAAAUCCCUCGCCUGGGCUGACCGAGCUUCUGGCCCCAGGCUCACCCCGGAGGGUCACCCCCAAGCCCCCCCCCCACCCCGGGGAAGAACAGCAGCAGUUCCCCACAGCAGUGACCAAGUGACUUUUUAAUUUAUUAGCCAAAUAAUUUUGUAUGAUUUUUUUUUUUUAAAGGGAUUUCAUUGCACAUUCCCACUUGCCCCAGCUGUGGAGGCAGCCAGUCGGAACCGCUGCUGACACAGCAGGCAUGGAACCACCCUGGCUCCCAGGGAGAGCAGAGGAGGGGGCAGUGCAGAGCUCCCACAGCUCUAGCCCUCCUCUUCCUCCCUGUCCCUCCUGCAGGAGCUACGCAGCCAUUCCUGCUCAGGAUCUUCCCAAGGGAGCCAUGGAGGGUUGGUUGUUCAUCCCCUUGCUGUAAGAGGAUGCUCCCACCGUUUCAGGGCUGUGCGUGCAGGGUUAACCCUGUCACGCCCUCCUCUGUUCAUCACAAAGCCAUUUUGGUUGCCCAAACCCAGAGCCUGAUGGCCAAGCUGUGAGCCAGGAGGAGUGGGAAGCCUUCCAUUAACGGGGGGGGGGCUCAGCACGGGGCCAGCUGAUGGGGGACACCCACUGCCCUGUGUUGUGUCCACUGGCGCCUGCCUCUGGGGGUUGUUUUCUUCCUUUCCCUUCUUGGAGCAGGCGGUGCUAAUUCCUAGAGGCUUGGUGAAGCUGCAGAGCAUUAGAGCGCUGUCACAAACAUGUUAGACAAAGCGGCAAAGCACAAGGGAGCUGAGAGAGGGCUGAGAGAUCCUGCCUCCCCGCUGCCGUGAUCCUGCCUCCCCACUGCCGUGCCGGGGGCUGGGCCAAGCUGUGCAGUUAUUCCGGCUUCCCAGAGGAAAGCCAGAUGGAAGGUUUGUAAAGAGGGAACUGCUCCACGUUGGCUGGAUGUUUGAGCUUCAGGGGCUGCAGAAGUUAAACCCAGGGAGCUGUGACAGCCGGGCCUAAACCCUUCGUUCCCUGAGCUGCAGCUUUUCUCCCCUUUGGGAGUAUCCAAAGGGAAGGACCAGAAAACUGUGUGCCAAGGUCAGAGCUGCCAGGGAAGCUGGGCUGCCUUCCCCAUGGCUGCCGUAACCUUGGGAGAAGCGUUAGGGACAGUGUCUUUCCUCAAGGCUCUGCAAAAACUGCCCAGCGAUGAGGGACAGAAGGACGCUCCCCUCACCCGCACCCAGGGCUUCAGGAGACCCAGUUCCCUGACCCCUGCAGCUCCCCUGGAACUAGACCAGGAAAAGCUCCAGGAAAGGGCCCAGGUGAUGCUGUCAGGCGGCUGAUGACAGAAGGAACUUGACUUGCCACUGGGGCAGGUACAUGCAGCAGGAAGGCUUGGCCUGAGCGGGGGGGAGGGGGGGGGGGGUGGCCCCCAGCUUUGUUCCUGCUAGCUGGCGGGGGGGCUGCGCCGCUCCCAGCGGGCGGUAAGUGAGGUGGGGCAGAGCCUGCUCCAUACCUGGCUUUGAAGGGAAGCGUGAGGUCUCUUCCUCUUCGGCUGGGAAUUAAUGCCGGAAUGAGAGCCCGUAUUGCAAGCUUCAGUGGCCUGGCCUCCCCUCUUGACCUCCUGCUGCUGGGUACCAGGAGUGCGGCAGAUGUCACUGAUGCUUCAUGUUUAAUCUCAAAGCCAAGAUUUUUUUCCUUUCCCUCCCCAAACACUCCCUUUCCCUUCAGUUGUUCCAGGUGCUUGCUCCAGAAAUUACCAAAAUAAGCAGAGGGGCAGCUGUCCUGUGUAGGGAGCCGAGGGCAGGGCGGGGGGAAGCAGAAAACCCGGCGGUUUUGAAGACAGAUGGCAACUGGUGGAAGCUGCAAGGAGGGAUUAAAAUCAGGAACACACAAGAGCUUGAGCUUUAGAGAAUUAGUGUCCUCAGAUGACUUUCAAGUGCAUUUUAAUCCUCCCAAGCCUGCUCUGCUUUACCUCGGUGCCAGGGCAUGGUCCUGACACGCUGGUGGGGUGCGCAGCAGCUUUUACUUACUGUGAAAAAGGGACUUUGGUCACUCAAGAGAGGAUGGAUGGACGCACGGGGCUUGGCAGCCACUCUUUCCUCUUCACAGCACGAGCUGAGCUGGGCAGCCGCAGGUCCCCACGGCAGGUCCCGCUGCACUGUGGCUUCAGCUGUGGCGGAUGCUGGGUCACUCCUAGCAAGGUUCUGGUGCUGCGGCGAGGCGCUCGUGCCUGCUGGCCACCACCGGUAGCCAGCAAAGGGUUCUCAGCCCCGUGCCUUCCCAGAUGUGCUCUUCCCAGAUGUGCUCGCAUCCUCUCCUAGAGGUAGAGCUGACACCCACUUCUUCUUCACUGUACGUCAAAUGGGCAUUUUAUCCAGGUGUUACGGGGAACAGUUGGGUGAGCAAGAGAGAAUCCCAACACUUAUUUAAGAGGCGACAAUGGCAUUUCUUAACUGAAUGUAAGACAAAUGCUGUGAAGAGUUACGGGGCCAGCGGCAGGCCCGGUAACUCGGUUAGAUCAACUUCUAGAGUAGCAUUAGGACACUGGGUUUGGUUUCAGGAGUAAGGGAAGACGGUACUUUGAGACCUGCAUCAACUGCUGGUGAUUUAUAAAUAAUUGUUCAUUUUUCACACUCCGGUCACUGUGCUUUUUGUAUUUCAGUGCCCUGUUGCAGCGAGUGCUGCAUACAGGCUCCCUGAAAGCAUACUGAAGCCAUUUCUCUUUUAUACAGUGAACAUUUCCAAUAAAAACUUGUUUUAAUCUUG